UAAUCGCCUAAAAGAAGGGGCGUUGUCGUCACUUCCGGCAGUAUCUAACAUGGAGUGUGGUGGAGUGAAGUUGAGUCUGUGGGAGGACGGUCCGAAGCCGGGACACUUUUACUCCUUCCCCGGGAGCAGCAAUAGCGGGCCGGGCACAGCUUGUGGACCGGUCCGACACACACUGAACCCGAUGGUUACAGGAACGUCGGUACUUGGUGUGAAAUUCACUGGCGGGGUGGUGAUCGCCGCAGACAUGCUGGGCUCGUAUGGCUCUCUGGCUCGCUUCAGGAACAUCUCCCGCCUCAUGAAGGUGAACAACAGCACCAUCCUGGGAGCCUCGGGCGACUACGCCGACUACCAACACCUGAAACAGGUCAUCGAGCAGAUGGUUAUCGAUGAGGAGUUGCUAGGUGACGGGCACAGCUACAGCCCAAAGGCCGUGCACUCGUGGCUCACCCGCGUCAUGUACAACCGCCGCAGCCGCAUGAACCCACUGUGGAAUACCGUAGUCAUCGGCGGCUUCUACAACGGGGAGAGUUUCCUAGGUUACGUGGAUAAACUGGGCGUGGCUUAUGAGGCUCCCACAGUGGCUACAGGCUUUGGUGCAUACUUGGCUCAGCCUCUGAUGAGGGAGGUGGUGGAGAACAAGGUGGAGAUCACCAAACAGGAGGCACGGGAGCUGGUGGAGCGGUGCCUCAAGGUGUUGUACUACAGAGAUGCUCGCUCCUACAACAGACACGAGAUCGCUAUCGUCACCGAAGAGGGCGUGGAGAUCCUCGGACCCCUGUCUUCUGAAACCAACUGGGACAUAGCCCACAUGGUCAGCGGGUUUGAAUGAAGAGAAGUGGCAGCGGUCUCAGCAUCACUAACAAACCCUUCUCCUCCUGUUUGCUCCAGUUUACUCUGUACUUUCUCUUUUGUAUGAUGGAAAAUAAAUGUAAGAAAUAAAGAGAGCUGUUUUCCUUGG